GACGCCUCCUCCACCCCCGAAAAGCGGCUCCGCUCGUGUGGUUAGAAGUUCUGAAAGAAUUAGCGGCAACCAGCGGCAGCCGGGUUUUGUGACGUCAGCUGCUUCUCCAUCAAUAAAUGGCGCUUUAAGGGAAGCGGCUCCCUCGCUUGAAAAGAUGGGCUGGAUUUUCCAGCCAAGGCGGCCCUGAAAGGCAGCGGGCGGUCGCGCUUUUCCCUGGGCUUCAACUUUCCGUGCCAACUUCUGAAGUUACGAACACAAGAAAUGGAGUCCCGUGCCCUAAGUGUGAACCAUCGCAUGCAGCGCACAGCAACUCUUGCUCGGGAGGUUCUGGAGCGUGCAAAAACACGGAAAUUGAACUGGCCGAUGCCUACUGCACUCCAAAGGAGGACCUUUCAGGAAGGGGAUGAUGAAGAUGCAUAUCUUGCUGCUACUUUUGCUUCAGUUGCUGAACACAUGGGCCGUAUCUCAGCAGAAUGUGAGAACUACUAUUGCUGUGUGCCCCCAUUUCAAUUCAAAGAGUAUGAAGUUGCACAUAUUUUUAGAUAUCACGGCAGGCAAGCCUCUGAAGACUUGCUAAAAGCAUUUGAAAAUGAGGAAAGUAAAGCUGGUCCAAUAGUAGAAGAACCCGGAUGUCCCGAUGCAGAAUCAUCUGCACUGGUUCCGGUUAAGAUCUCUAAACCAAAAGAUAUCUGCAUUGAAGUUUCUCCGGGCACUUACACAGUCUCUGCAACUUCAUAUGAAGACAGAAUCAAACAAACGCAUCUGGUACAGAUUCAGUCAGGACAAAGUGUAAAUUUGACUUUUGAUUUAUGAAUUUUUCCUAAUCGAGGUAACAGAUGAAGUAGAUUUCAAUGACUUAAGUGUCUUUUAAUACAUUGUCUUCUCAGGCUAUAUGGCUUGAGCAUUUGACUAUGCUUUACCCUAUCUGUAUAUAAGUGUCUGAAACUUUGUUCAAAUUUGCCUCAACCUGAAUCAUGUAGAUGUAUUUUCACUUUUAUGUUGUGCAAUCCCCUGUAAGCAAUAAACUUGAAGUGUAAAUGUUGCUGUUUUAAAGAA